UCAGACGUGAACUGACCUGCCAGCUUCGCUGUCUGUCGGUUGGAUCACAGACAGCAGCAGACUGUGAUCUUCAUGAACUUCAGGAAGAUCAGGCUGCUGGGACACUUUCCCCCCCUGUACAGAAACUAGCCCCAGCCAGUCAGACUGGGAACUUACUGUCUGAGCUGUUUUCCAGGAUGAGUUUUACUGGUAAAACUAGAUGUGUCCUAGACUCUUAAGGGGCCGGUUUAUAUUGAGUUUAUUUUUGAAUGCCAGCCUUCAAGUGGGAGAAGGAAAUCACAUUCUAAGGGAGUUAUUCCCUGCAGGAUGGCAGACGGAUUCUCCCAGGUUGGGAAGGAAAACCGCAGCGAGCAGGCAAGAAGAGGCCCAGCCUCUGAUCCAUGCUCACAAUUCCAGAGGAGUUUCCUCCAGAGAGUAACGGUGCUGAGCAAGCUGCCCACCAGCUUCGUCCUCCACCGGGAGAAGAAACAGAAGGUGGCUGCCAUACUGGGGAUUGACCAAGAUGCUAUGAAGUCGCUUCCAGAGGGAGACUUAGCUGAUGGCCUGCUGAGUAAGGUGGACCUGAGGCGCCAGCAGAUUGCUCAGACUGUGGAGGAGGUACAGGAAGUCGUCCACCGCCUGACGGCAGAAAUCAGCCACCAGGACAGUCGAUUCCAAGCCGUGUCCAUCUCGGACACAUACAAUGACCACAUUAAGGUUUUGGCCCCUAGCCUGUUCCACGUCACAGUCCCACUGAAAGGCCUCGCAGGGUACAAGGGAGCCCAGGCACAGCGCUGGCGGUACUACAAUCUGCAGGGCGCCAAGCUCACCUGCCCUCUGCGGGACCCCGAAGGCCUGCAGCAGUGGCUGGAGACAGAGCAGUUCAUGAAGGCCCUGUGGCAAUGGCACCAGGCGGAUGUGAACAUCGAGGGGGACAUCGUGCCAGCCAAAGUCCUGCAGGUGUUCCGGACGCUGGUGGAAAACGCAGUGAAAGCCUGUCACCUCUCAGGCAAGGUCAGUAUGCUAGCAAACCGCACUGCUGUUUGGGUUGCCAUGGAAACGUCCACAGGCCAGGUGGAGCUAGAGCUGGCCCCCGCUGUGGAGAUCCUCACUGCCUGGUCUGAGAAAGCCCAGUGGCCUCGGUGCCUGAAGCGGUGGCCUUCUCCAGACAGAGUGGAGUGCAUCAAGUCAUUCGGCUUCAACUUGGUGGCCCGGUCCAGCUAUCACUGGCAGCUGAGUUUCUCGCAGGCGGAACAGGUGCUGUUUGAGCAGCUGGACGAGGACGGGGGCUGCCGCAAGCAGUGCUUUCAGGUCUUGAGGCAGCUGAAGGAGGAUGUGUGGUGUCCGGGGAGGCGGCCUGUCAUCACCACCCACCACUUGCAGACCGUGCUCUUCUGGACUUGUGAGAAAUACCCCCACCUCAAGGAUUGGCAGGUCUUCCAUCAAGCACUCCUGCGCCUGGUCCGGAAGUUGCAUAGAUGUGUUAGCCAGCACUUCCUGAAGCACUAUUUUGUCCCAAAAAGCAACCUCCUUCAGUCAGCCAACCCAAGUGAGCUGGAUGCUGUAGCCCAGAAAGUGGCCUUCUUCCUAAAGAACCCACAGGCUGCUCUACCCUGAGGUGGCCCAAGGAAUCCUUCCUGCAUUUCUUCCUGCUUGGCAUCUGCUCAGGGUGGUUCCUCUGUCAGCUGCCAGGACUCUGUGCUAGAGAGAUGCCAGCAAUGA